GGGGGUGCUCACUCACUCACUCACAACACGGUCUGGAGAGCCGAGGAAGAAGAAUGCCGAUCAGAAGCGUAGCGAUCGGGAGCCACCGUGAGGCUUAUCAUCCCGGCGCCCUCAAGGCGGCGCUCGCCGAGUUCAUAUCUACCCUUAUCUUCGUCUUCGCCGGCCAAGGCUCCGGCAUGGCCUUCAGCAAGCUCACUGCGGACGGCGCUAAUACGGACUGGCCAUGCCCUCGCUUAGAGAUCGUCAUGACCCUCGGCCUUGUCUACACCGUCUACGCCACGCCGCUCGACCCAAGAAGGUUAGUCGGAACUAUUUGCCCCAUUGCAAUGAGAUUAAUAGUUGGGAGCCAACUUUUGGCGGGGGGGCUUGAUGGGGCGUCUAUGAACCCGGCCAGAUCGUGCAGUUUUGGCCCGGCCCUCGUGAGUUGGGAGUGGGCUGGGCAUUGGGUCUAUUGGGUUGGGCCUUUGAUUGGUGGUGGACUUGCUGGGCUUGUUUAUGAGACUGUCUUUAUUUGUAGGUCUCAUGAGCAAUUGCCCACUACUGACUAUUGAGGGGCUUGGGCUUGGGCUUGAUUUGAUGAUGCUUGGUGGGCUUCUUUGGUUAUUAUGUGUCGUGUGCUGUGUUCUUGUUGAACACUUUUGCAAGUUGCUUUUGGGCUUGGGUUCAAUGAAAAUGUAGAAUGACGUGAUGGUGGCUCUUGAGGUUACUUGUGCCUCUUCUUCUAUUUUCUUGGUUAAAAAACAAAAACAAAAAAGAAGAAGAAGAAGAAUUAUAAUAAAGAAAGAAAGUUUCAUAAA